CCGUCAUGCUGCUUUCUAUCCUCGACAGGCGGAGGCUCUCGUCGUCGUCGUGAAGACGCGUUCUUGUCACUCUCUUUGAAUACCCUUAGGCUAAUCCGGCUGUCCAAUCUCUAUCUCUGUCUUGUUUUUCUCUAUCCGGGAAUUAACGCUGGUCGUUCUCCUGCCUCCCACGACUUCGCGAUACCGAUUCGCACCGUUCCAGUUUCAGCAGUCUCUUCACGUCAUUUACACGGGUUCCCAGGAUGUUGGGCUUUCACAAGCGAACAAGGAGUUUGAUUCCAGUUAAGGAAUUGGCGAAGUACGAUGUCGUGCCGGUCGAGGAGGAAUUGUAUGGCUACGGGAGCGAGAGCGAGGAAGAGCUGGAGAAGCAGAGCACAGACGCGACAGAUUCGACGACAUUGACGCGACAGCGCCAACUACUGCUCGUCUACCUUGUCUUCUUUGCUGAAGCCAUCAUGGCCUCCAGUCUCCAGCCCCAGCUCCAAAUGCUGCUCUCCUCCUCUGACUACUGCGGCAACCUUUCCACAUCGUACCUGCGCAGUAUCCUCGAUUGCGCGUACGCGUUUGGCGGCACCACCGGCCUCUUCUGGGGAUACCUGGCUGACCGCAUGGGUCGCCGGCGCGUCACGCUGAUCGGCCUAUGGAGCAUGGUAUUUUGCUGUCUGAGCAUGGGCUUUGCGACAAACCUUGCUGCCUGUGCUGCCUUCCGGUUCUUUGCCGGCAUGGUCAGCUCCGCGGUAGUUUGCACUUCCCUGACAAUGAUCGGGGAUCUGAGUGCAACUGCGGAAGAAAGAGCAAGGAACGUUGUAAAGCUGCCAUUGAUCUCGCUGUGUGGCUCUGUUGGUCCACUGGCCCAGGGCAUGGUAGCUGAGAGUCUUCAAGCAUAUGGCAUGGUAUGGGAGAAGUUCCCAACACUUGGCUCAGAGCUGGCUUGCGGCAGUGUGCUAUUUGCAAUCGCACUGACUGCAUCUUGUCUGCUCAAAGAGUCUCUGCCACUCCAUUACGACGUACCGGCUGGCUCCAUGGACAUCGAUUGUGAGAAAGCCGCCUUUCUUACACGCAGCUCAGAGGAUACGAACAUUACCCUUGUCGACUUUGCCAGGCCCGAGCCCAUUACUAUCACACAGUUCAUGCAGGCACCCUCCCUGCUCGUUCUCCUAUCGUCAUUCUGUAUCCUGUCCCUCCACGCUGCGACGUUCGAUGUCCUCCUUCCACACCUUGGCCAUAGCAGCACGCAGCACGGUGGCAUGGGCAUUCCGUGCGACUGGUUGAGCAUCGUUGUGCUGAUAAUGCGUGGCAUUGCCGCCGUAGCCAUCUCUACUCUCCUCCCAACGAUGAUGGAGAGUCAUGGCCUCCUGAAGCUCUACCGCACCGUCUCGAUCCUUUUCCCGAUUAUUUACAUCAUCACACCACUACUUGCUCUGCUAGCAGCAUGCACCGGACUUGCACCUCUUUUGUCCGUCCUGGCAAUCUUGACGAAGCACAUCCUUGCCAGCGGAGCAUUUGUCCUUGUUCUUGUCCUGGUUCUGAACACGACCCCUGACGUCUUCUCUACAGGCACAGUCGUUGGCAUGAUGCAAGUUGCAUCGCUCUUCAAGGCGUUUGCUGUGGCCGUCAGCGGCGCAAGCUACUUCGUCAGCAGCGAAGUCAGCGUGCCAGCUACCAACUUUGCCCUUUGGACCUGCUUGGCUAUCUUUGGCGCAGCAGGUGCUGGGUGUGCGUGGUUCGUCAAAGAAAGGCCGACUGUUGGCCUCGAUUUCAAGGGCGAGGUGCUGAAGUGGGAGAGCGUUUUCGACGUCGACGCCGAUGAAGUCGUCGACGAGAAGUUCGAAGAGGCUUUCGUGAUUGGCGAUGACGAAUGAAUACCUCCUAGCCGCUUUGUUCAUAUCCAGCGGCUCAUUUUCUAGCUUAUGCAGCCUUUCCUUGUGUAUAUAUCACCGCGUUCCC